UCUUAGCUGUCGGAUAAAGUAACUUCAACCGAAGACAACAUAAGAGAAACAUUUUUUGUUCUUUUUAAUCGAUAUAUUCCCGUAAUAUCCCUCUACAUCAGUAAACAUGCGUGAGUGCAUCUCCAUCCACGUUGGCCAGGCUGGCGUCCAAAUUGGCAAUGCAUGCUGGGAACUGUACUGUCUGGAACAUGGGAUCCAGCCGGACGGUCAGAUGCCCAGUGAUAAGACCAUCGGAGGAGGAGACGACUCCUUCAACACCUUCUUCAGUGAGACUGGAGCUGGAAAGCAUGUGCCGAGAGCUGUGUUUGUAGAUCUGGAGCCCACAGUCAUUGAUGAGGUGCGCACUGGAACUUACCGCCAGCUCUUCCACCCUGAGCAGCUGAUUACUGGAAAGGAGGAUGCAGCCAACAACUAUGCCCGUGGGCAUUACACUAUCGGAAAAGAGAUCAUUGAUCUGGUUCUGGACAGGAUUCGUAAACUGGCCGACCAGUGCACUGGUCUCCAGGGUUUCCUGGUUUUCCACAGCUUUGGAGGUGGUACCGGUUCUGGUUUUACUUCCCUGCUGAUGGAACGCCUGUCUGUUGACUACGGCAAGAAGUCUAAGCUUGAGUUCUCCAUCUACCCAGCUCCCCAGGUGUCCACUGCUGUGGUGGAGCCCUACAACUCCAUCCUGACCACCCACACCACCCUGGAGCAUUCUGACUGUGCUUUCAUGGUGGACAAUGAGGCCAUCUAUGAUAUUUGUCGUAGGAAUCUUGAUAUUGAGCGCCCUACAUACACCAACCUUAACAGGUUGAUCAGUCAGAUUGUUUCCUCAAUCACUGCCUCCCUCAGAUUUGAUGGUGCUCUCAAUGUUGAUCUGACAGAAUUCCAGACCAACUUGGUGCCCUACCCUCGUAUCCACUUUCCCCUGGCCACCUAUGCCCCUGUCAUCUCUGCAGAGAAGGCUUACCAUGAGCAGCUCUCAGUUGCUGAGAUCACUAAUGCUUGCUUUGAACCAGCCAAUCAGAUGGUAAAAUGCGACCCUCGCCAUGGAAAGUACAUGGCGUGCUGUCUGCUGUACCGUGGUGAUGUGGUACCUAAAGAUGUUAAUGCUGCCAUCGCCACAAUUAAGACCAAACGCUCAAUCCAGUUUGUAGAUUGGUGCCCCACUGGUUUUAAGGUUGGUAUCAACUACCAGCCCCCCACUGUGGUGCCUGGUGGAGAUCUGGCUAAGGUUCAGAGGGCUGUGUGCAUGCUCAGCAACACCACUGCUAUUGCAGAGGCCUGGGCUCGUCUGGACCACAAGUUUGACCUGAUGUACGCCAAGCGUGCCUUUGUGCACUGGUACGUAGGUGAGGGUAUGGAGGAGGGCGAGUUCUCUGAGGCCAGGGAGGACAUGGCUGCCUUGGAGAAAGAUUAUGAGGAAGUGGGUGUGGAUUCCAUUGAAGGAGAAGGAGAGGAAGAAGGAGAGGAAUAUUAAGGUGAAUUCACAUCAGUCACCUACUCCUAAAAUAAUCCUUCAAUCCUACAUUGAAAUGACUCAGCUUUCCUAAUCAGUGUAGGAAACUGCUAGCAAGCACUAUCACAUGCUGUACAAUUUGUUUUCUGAUAAAUUAAAUGUGCUGUGGCUGUAUUCUGGGAAUGUAACGGUUAUGAAUAAUUGUUUAUUCAUGUGUUCUUUACACUCAGCUGUCCGUCAUCUCAACUGUGAUAUGCAAUAAAUUAUUGAAGGAA